GAGAGCUGGAGCAGGAGCGGAGUGGAGCGCAGUCCUGCAAGCAUCAGCUUCAGCAUCCAGCCCGGGGUUGCAGGUGUGUGGGAGGCUUGAAACUAUCCCAAUAUGGCUUUCAUUGGACUCUUCUCUUUGCUAGUUCUGCAAAGUAUGGCUUUAGGGGCCUCUUUCCCUGAUGAAGCCAUUGCUAAGUUGUCAGUGAAUAUGUAUAAUCAUCUUCGAGCCACUGGGGAAGAUGAAAAUAUUCUCUUUUCUCCAUUGAGCAUUGCCCUUGCAGUGGGAAUGAUGGAACUUGGGGCCCAAGGGUCUACCCUGAAAGAAAUCCGCCAUUCAAUGGGAUAUGACAGCCUGAAAAAUGGUGAAGAAUUUUCUUUCUUGAAGGAUUUUUCUAACAUGGUAACUGCUGAAGAGAGCCAAUAUGUAAUGAAAAUUGCUAAUUCCCUUUUUGUGCAAAAUGGAUUUCAUAUCAAUGAUGAGUUUUUGCAAAUGAUGAAAAAAUACUUUAAUGCAGAAGUAAAUUAUGUGGACUUCAGCCAAAAUAUAGCUGUGGCCAACCACAUCAAUAAGUGGGUGGAGAAUAACACAAAUAAUCUGUUGAAAGAUUUGGUAUCCCCAAGGGACUUUGACACUGUCACUCAUCUGGCCCUCAUCAAUGCUGUCUAUUUCAAGGGGAACUGGAAGUCACAGUUUAGACCUGAAAAUACUAGAACCUUUUCUUUUACUAAAGAUGAUGAAAGUGAAGUCCAAAUUCCAAUGAUGUAUCAACAAGGAGAAUUUUAUUAUGGGGAAUUUAGUGAUGGCUCCAACGAAGCAGGUGGUGUCUACCAGGUCCUAGAAAUACCAUAUGAAGGAGAUGAGAUAAGCAUGAUGCUGGUGCUGUCCAGACAGGAAGUGCCACUGGCCACUCUGGAGCCACUGGUCAAAGCGCAGCUGAUUGAAGAAUGGGCAAACUCUGUGAAGAAGCAGAAAGUAGAAGUAUACCUGCCCAGGUUCACAGUGGAACAGGAAGUUGAUUUAAAAGACAUUUUGAAGCCUCUUGGAAUAACUGAAAUUUUCAUCAAAAAUGCAAAUUUGACAGCCCUAUCUGAUAACAAAGAGAUUUUCUUUUCUAAAGUAAUUCACAAGUCCUUCAUAGAGGUUAAUGAAGAGGGCUCAGAAGCUGCUGCUGCCUCAGGAAUGAUUGCAAUUAGUAGGAUGGCUGUGCUGUAUCCUCAAGUUAUUGUCGACCAUCCGUUUUUCUUUCUUAUCAGAAACAGGAGAACUGGUACAAUCCUAUUUAUGGGACGAGUCAUGCAUCCUGAAACAAUGAGCACAAGUGGACAUGAUUUUGAGGAACUUUAA